AUGUUUGUCAUUUCCGGACCAGCUGUCGCCCACGAGCGGCGGCUCGCAUUGGGGCGGGGUGAGGGCGGCCAGGAGCAAGUGGGGGAAUGGAGCCGGCCUAAGCUGCGGGGCCGGCCCAAGCUGCGCUGCGAUCCGCGCGUCGAAUACGUCAUCCCCGGCACCUCCAUCGACAAGGACCACUACGAGGGGAAGUUUCCGGACGAGGUGGGCUUCAACGACAUCGACCACGUGUGGUCGCUGGAGAAGUUCCGGGGCGCCGAGCCCCGGAUGGAGCGCGUGAGGACGCACCUGGUCGAUUACCACCCCUCGAAUUCCAGGUCGUGCUCCAGGACCGAAGAUGAAUCCGUAUUCGACGCAUUCAAUCGUGAAACAGAGCGAUGA